AUGGCAACGGCCAUCUCGAGCGACCGGAUGCUGGUAAUGCGCGAGAGAUGUCGCUUCUUUAGCCCUGCUGGUGUGUCUUGUUUGCACUUGAGGCUUCUGCGAUUGAGUAUGCGUCUGGUUGUAUUUCAGGUGUUCGUCCCACCGCACCCGCUGAUCAAGCACUGGGUCUCUGUUCUGAGGAACGAGGAGACGCCCUGUGCCGUGUUUAGUAAGUUGUGGACAUCCAUUUAAUUCUCACUCCUCUCGCCUACCGACCACUGUCCUACUAAAGGUUCUUUCGCAUCUUCGCUGUCAUGUUAGCUUUUGUUUGAUGCGUUGUAAAUGCCAUCUGCUUUGUGCAUUGAGAUUCAGUACUUGUGUUUCUGACAAGAACUCUGUUUGCCCAUUCUUUUACUAUCAAAUGGUUCUUCCGAAUCUUGAUGCGCUGUCGCAUUUGAUCUGUUUUGAUUCGUUCAAAUAUUUUUAGUGGUGAUUCGGAGAUCGUGUAUCUCGUCCAAUCCUGUCGACUGAUCCAUUCCGACGAGUCACCGCAUGGGUUUCUCAUCCGCAGAAAUCCCGGUACUACAUCCUCAUGAAGAGAUCACGUAUAAUUCAUGACUCUCCUGCUAGAGGGGAAUAUUUUAAAAAGUCUUUACAGCAUCCCAAAAAAUAGAUCAUCUCACAUGAAAUAGUAUUUCGAAUUUAUGGGACAAACCACCCGAAUCUUAUCCUUCUACAUAUUUUAUUAUUUUUCUAUGGAAAUGAUCUCAUGUGGGUCUCCGUUGUAAUGCAUGAUCCAGGGACCAUAGCUUAAAAUGUAGAAAAAUUCAUGGCAUGUGCUAGUGUGGCGCACAAGUAUCAAGAAAGCAUGAAAACAAAAGAACAGGAGAAGAUGUGUAGAAACGUAAGAUAGUUUUCAAAAGCAUAGGGAUCGACUGAUAUGAUUUUUCCUUACCAGUUCUAGAUGAAUUUAGGAUUGUAUAUCAGGUUCAACUACUUCGUUUAUCUCCCUCUUACACUAGUGGUCAUAGAGGUAUAUUUUUUUCCUGAUAUUUUAUAUCUUUCGCUGAAUUAAUGUCACUAUGAUCAAUUUUGGUCGGUCUUUUCCAACUACCAUGCUCUAAUCCUAAUUUUCAUUCCCAGAUUACAAAUUCAUUGCAUGGUUACUCAUCCAAAAUCCACGUUUCUUCAAAGGAUGAAGAAAUGAUAAUAAAUAGUCCCCUAUCCCCACUAGCAGUUCAGAUCCAAGUUCUAUUUAGUAUGGUUGCUUGCUUUUUUAAGCCUCCCAAUGCCUUUAAUCAAAUGGAUAAGUAACUAGCCUUUCUUUCAAUGUUCAAUGUAGAAAACGCAAUGGCAGAACUAGGAAGGCUGCUAAUAUAUGAAGCAUCAAGGGACUGGCUGGUGAGUUGAUAGUUACAUUCUCUCCAGUUCUUGUUUACCGGUGAAAUCCAGACCUUUUUUUGGCAGUUGCAAAAUUAUACUACUUUUGACAGGAAAAAAAAUAAAAUAAAUUAGAUUCGAGUUUUUUCAACUGUCUGGUGAAGUGGCAGUAUUUUUCCUUGACUGAUCACCCUAAAUGUGUUGCAAGUACAUACUCUCUCUGAAAUUUUUCACAAAAAGAUAUUACCCUGUUGUUUGCAGCCUACAAUAAGUGGAGAGAUUCAAUCGCCAAUGGCUGUUGCCUCUGUUGAGUUCAUUGAUCCAAGGGAGCCUGUAAUGGUAUGGAGUAUCUUAAUUGCCCUUGUAUGCUUUCAGAUGAUAAUUGUGCUACAUUCUAAGAGAUUUUUUUUUAUUCAGAACUGUGUUUUUUACCUUGUGAAUUGUCUCAAUUACAUCCGCUAGUUUAAGGAAGAACCAAUUGGAGAGAUCCUUUCUGUUGAAGCCGCUUUUGUCCCUCCAGAAGCAGUUUACUUUGCUACAUCCUCUCUUAAUCGCAGGUUGUUUCGAUCUUAAGAGCUGGUCUGGCUCUAGUCGAGCAUGCAUCAGCUAUACUGCCAGCAACAAAGACAUACCAUCUGGGUGAGAAGAAAAUUAUUUUUAUUCAGAGACUAGCAGAAACUUAAAAUAUGGAAGACAAUAAACCAGGAUGAUCUUUCUGACGACCUGGAUAGUGAUAUACUUUGUCUCGGCAGUUUAAACCUUGGUAUUUUGUUAUUAUUAGGUGCGAGGUUAUUUUACCACGCUGAAAGUAAAUUCGUUUAUAUAGUUUCCUUCUUCUUACCAUAUACAUUAAGCUAAAUGCUAGUUUUCUGAGUAAAUUUUAUAAAAUUUUCAUCUUUUCAUUUGCAUGGGCUUCCUUUUUUUUUUUUUUUUUUUUUCCUCUUUGACAUUUAUCUGAUGCUAUUGUUCUUCACAUCUGCCAAUGAAGGAUUCCAGAGAGAUGAAAGCACACUCCUCCCAUCGUUAUACUUUAACAAGUAAGACAAGAAUCCCACCCAAUUUUGUGUGUAAGAAGAGUCUGUUCAAGAAGGCCCAAUUUUGUCCUCUCACAGUUUGCCCAACAAGUUUCCAGAGGGUAGUCGAGUGCUUAUUGUGGAUCCAAUGCUCGCAACUGGUAUGCACGCCCUUUGAAAAAGCACUAUUUUCAUGUGUUUCUUUAGCUAAAUGAAUUAUUUUUGUUUCUGAUAAACAAGAUAUUUAGUGGUAUUCACGGCAAAUCAUGUUCAACAUGGACCACCCCGAUUUCCCAAUCCACACCAAGAUGUUGCAUUGCUCUCUAUAAAACUGUUUCCAACAUCCUCCUCCUGAAAAUCAUGAUAAUAUAUACUACUGAAAAAGAUUCUGUUAGUUUACUACCCUUGAGAUUCUACUACAAACAUCGAGAACCCACCCUUGCGAGCCAUCCGGUGAAUGUGUUUAUUCAAUUGAAUUAUUUAUAAUGAGUCGUAUCCAUUCAUCGUUUGAUGCCCGGGAACGUGAUUUUACAUGGAAAUUCAAGUCUUACGAGGCCAUGAGAAUGGGCAGUUUUAUUUUAUUUUAUUUACUUAUUAUUUUUAUUUUUAUCUUUUUAUGCGAGUCUGUUGGUGAGAAACACGUGGAUAACUUUUAUUGAUGAAUUAAAUUUAAUUCUAUGGAAUGUCGCCUAGAAUUCGUUCGAGUUAUUGGCAACAAUACUAUCGUCAAUCCAAAGUAUUUUCUGAUGGAGGGGCGAGCUUCCUCUUCUAACAACUAAUGGAUGCAAUACCGGGAUAAAAUCGAGACUCGUUGAGUCUCAUCUCUGCCCGGUUCUCCUGCAAGCGGUUUAAUCUUGAUGCCGCUCUUUCCAUUGAUCAACAGACACUGACGGCCUGAUUAUUAGCGUCUGCCCUUCUUCAAGUUCAUACUAUUUCUCCUCCUCGACUUCUUCUAAUGGAAGCCGAUGUCGACCGUUGACUCGCAGGUGGCACGAUUGUUGCUGCGAUGGACUUGCUGAAGGACUGUGGAGUUGAAAACAAGCAAAUAAAGAUUGUAAGCCCAUCAACGUCAGUGUUCCUUGUUUGUGUUUGAUUUGAUCAUCAUACGGGAACGUGAUCUUGGACGACUUUUAAACUAGAUAGAAGUACUAGAUUUAAUAAGUCAACCCUUGUCAGCUAGGUCAAGGCCCAGCGCUUAUGUACGAAAACCAAUCACAAACGUUUUGUGUUUGGUGAAAAAAAGGGUAAAGCUUCAUGAACUCAUUCUACUCCGCAUGACGAUUAUGGGUUUUUUUUUUUUUUUUUUUUUCUCUUCGUCAGAUAUCAGCCGUCGCCGCACCACCAGCCCUUCAAAAGCUCAGCCAGCAGUUUCCUGGGUAAUUAGGCACUUAUCUUCUCGUUCCCUCUUCAAUCAAAGUCAAAUGCUUAUCGCGUUUCCCUGGCAGAGUGCAUGUUUACACCGGAAUCAUCGACCCGGAUGUCAACGAGAAUGGGUAUCCUUUUUCAGCCUGAAAUUUAUGCCUGACUUUCAGCCGUCUCUCCCUACUAAUAUUUAGCUCCUCCUGCAAUCAUGCGACCAACUUCAGGUAUAUAAUCCCCGGAUUGGGGGACGCCGGCGACCGGUGCUUUGGGACCUGA